CAGCGUCCCGAAGGGCGGCCCCGAGGCCCCACUCGGUCGACUGAUUACGACCGUGAGACCCUCGAGCCACUCUUGACUUUUGACCCCUCUGGGCUCUGAUCGUAGGUGUCGCUGGCCUUGGGCCUGGAGCCCGCGGGCUGGGCCGGCCUCGGUCCCAGCGAGAGCGCGGCCCUCCUGACGAGCGCGGGCUUCGCCGCGGGUCUCGCGGGCCUCGCGCGCCGCUGCGGCGUCUGUCUCGCGAGCUUUCCCUCGAGCUGGCUCCUCGAGCGCCACGCCAUCCUCCAGCACGCGGGUCAGCCGAGCGACGACAAGCCCUUCACCUGCGAGCAGUGCGGCCAACGAUACCGCUACCGCUCGGCCUACGUCAAGCACCGGGAGCAGAACCACCGGGCCCGACUCCCCGCCGACAAACUCUUCACCUGCGACGUCUGUGGCAUGCAGUUCAGGUAUCUCAAGUCCUUCAAGAAGCACCGGCUGAAUCACGCGCUCGAACGACUACAGCGCGCGCCCUCCGGCGACUCUCAGAUCCUGACGGAGCGCAGCGACCAGGUCUCGAGCACCGGCGAGCCCACCCAGCUGGACGGGAGCAGCGUCGGCGAGGCGAGCCCCCUGCGACUCGACCAGGAGGAGCGCGGCCGUGACUCGCCACCGAGCUCCGAGGGAGCGCGCGACGAGGCCGGGAGCUCGGAGCAGCGGGGCCUCGGUCACGGCCAGGAGGAGGCCGCGAUGGAUGAGGAGCGUCUCGAGGCCGGUGAGGCCGCCGCGGCGACGAGCACAGCCGCGAGCCUUAACCUGAGCCUGGGCCGUGGCCAAGCGGCGCACCAUCACCACCACCACAACCACCAUCACCACGAAGCCGAGCGCCGGGAGAGGCGCUUCGCCUGUCCGUUCUGUGGCAAGUGCGUACGCUCCAAGGAGAACCUCAAGCUCCACGUGCGCAAGCACACCGGCGAGCGUCCCUUCGUCUGCCUCUUUUGCGGUCGCGCCUUCGGCGGCAAGAGCGACCUCACGAGGCACCUGCGCAUCCACACCGGCGAGCGACCCUACCACUGCGAGAUGUGCGGUAAGUGCUUCGCCCGCGCCGACUACCUCUCCAAGCACCUCACCACCCACAUACACCAGCGCUGAGAGGCGGACGAGCGGCGG